AAGGUCAGGUAAAAGUAACGUGCUUUAUUUUGUGAUUAUUUUAAUUAUGUGUGGCUUAAGAUAAGUUUACAUAAAAUAUUUAAACUUGUCAAAGUUCAAGUUGAUUUGAUGUUAUGAUAAGUUAUUGUGGGUAAAGGGGAGGGAGAAGCAAGUAGUGAAGGCUAGUGAAUGAAUGUCGAUAUUGUAUGUCGAUAGUGGCAGGGUCACCUUCACGCUAUUGUGAACUUCUUAGGUUGUAUUCGUGUUUUGUCCGUCGGCAUUCGGCAUAAUUACGCUCUACUUAUAACAAUACUGUAGCACCCAAUAGUCAGUAUGAGUGGUGAACCUCAAGCAAAGCGCACCAAAAUGAGCGCCCUUGACCAGCUGAAACAGGUAUCUACGGUGGUCGCCGACACCGGGGACUUUGAAGCCAUGAAGGCUUACAAGCCUACAGAUGCCACCACCAACCCCAGUCUGAUCCUGUCGGCUUCAGCGAUGGAGCAGUACCAGCACAUUCUGGAUAAAGCCAUCAAGCAUGGCAAGGAUACCGGCAGCACCAUUGAGGAACAAGUGAGCGAAACACUAGACAUGCUGAGUGUACUCUUUGGAUGUGAGAUCCUGAAAAUCAUCCCUGGCCGAGUGUCUGUUGAAGUUGAUGCCAGAUUGUCAUUUGACAAAGAAGCCAGCAUUGCGAAGGCUAUCAAGCUCAUCAACGCCUUCUCCGAGUAUGGCAUCAAGAAGGAGAGGAUCCUUAUCAAGCUGGCAUCCACCUGGGAAGGCAUCCAAGCUGCCAAGGAAUUGGAGAAGAAACACGGCAUCCACUGCAACCUGACGCUGCUGUUUUCUCUCUACCAAGCCAUCGCGUGCGCGGAGGCUCAUGUCACCCUCAUCUCGCCGUUUGUCGGCAGGAUCUUGGACUGGUACGUGGAGCAUACAAAGAAAACGUACGAGGGCAAGGAGGACCCGGGCGUGCUGUCCGUCACCCGCAUCUUCAACUACUACAAAAAGUUCGGCUACAACACACAGGUGAUGGGCGCGUCGUUCCGCAACGUGGGCGAGAUCCGCGAGCUGGCGGGCUGCGACCUGCUCACCAUCAGCCCCAAGCUGCUGCAGGAGCUGGCCGCCAGCGACCAGCCGCUGUCCAAGGUGCUUGACCCAAAAACUGCGGCAAAUAGCGAUAUAGAGAAGGUAUCGCUGACGGAGGCCCAGUUCCGCUGGCACAUGAACGAGGACCAGAUGGCCACGGACAAGCUCUCGGACGGCAUCAGGAAGUUCGCCGCCGACACCAGGAAGCUCGAGACCCUCAUCCGGAGCCUGCUCGCCAAGAAGUGAAACACCACUAGACAGUGAAUAUGUAAUAAGUAUUAUUUUCGUAAUCAAAAGCAUACAGUUAGAAUUGGCACACAUCAUUCAUGUAGGCCAAGCUUGUCUUCUACAAUCACUGUUAUUAUAACAGGAAGGUUUAAAGUUGGGAGAAAUGUAUUCGUUAGAGACACAGCGUAUAAAGUGCAAGGCCCUAGUGUCUUCCUUUGUUAAUUAUAAUUAUGAGUUCUUCUACUUUAUUUUAAUUACGAAAAUACGUAUACUUAUUUUAUUCACUCCAUUAAAUACUAGGUACUCGCGUCGUCAAAAUCCAUGGUGAUAAAUAUUUAAUGAAGGAAUAUAUUAAGUAUAAUUGUUUUUUUGAAAAUUGUUUACAUAUUUUGAUGACUUUUAUACGUUUGUUGAUUUACCUAAGCGUAACUGUCAAUUAAGAGUUUAAUUGUGAAAUUGUUAUUAAAUCAAGUAUAACUAUUGGGACCAUAAAUCUUUAUAAAACUGUACAUUCCUGUUUUAAUAAAAUAUUGUUCGGUAAGUAUAUAAUUGUUGUAAUAAAAUAAAUCAGGUGGUUUCUAACUA